UAGAGUUACACGGUCAAGAGACUGUAAUGUGGUAUAUUCAUUCUUAGCAGGUGUCACCAGCGAUUAAGUCCUUGUGCCCACGAAGCUCGAACUGUUCUUCCAGUUAUCGUAAAUUACAAUUGUUUCUGUGGGGAGAGGAGUGGCAGGUCACCCUCGCCCCGGAGAAGACGCAGGCCAUGGUCAUCUCACGCUCCCCAGACGCCUCUCGAGCAGUCUCAGGCCAGCUGCGUCUUGGUGGAAAAAGUCUGCCCCUCCAGGACCACAUCAAGGUCCUGGGAGUGACUGUGGACCAAAGCCUGCGCUUCGACCUCCAUAUCCGAGCUGUUGCCCGCCAGGCCUCCCUGCGAGUCUCUGCCCUGCGAAGAGUAGCGGGAUCCCUCGACCCACGGGGCAUCCUCACUCUCUUCAAGGCACAGAUACGACCGUAUCUGGAGUACGGUGCCCUGUGCUGGAUGGCGAGUGCUGCCACCCACAUGCUGAGGCUCGACGCAGUGCAGCGACGAGCACUGCGUCUGGUGGAGGCCAGCGAGCACCUGGAGGAGGAGUCUGCCACUGUGCCAUCGCUGGAGCACCGCCGUGAUGUCUCAGCACUGGUGGUGUGUCACAAAGCCCAGGUGCAGGGGGUUCCCCACCUCAGCAGAUUGAGGCUUCCUCCACGCGCUGCUCAGAGGUUCACCCGGACUACACUCUCCGGUUUCUUCUGCGGUGGAAAGCGGCAUCCUCGGUCUCGCUGUCUUGCUCGUGCUUCAGUGUGCCGUAAGUGUGGGAAGACGGGCCAUUACGCCAGCGUCUGCAGGUCUGGCGACCCUGGACGAUCGAGAAGACCUUACACCGCAGCCGCUGCUACUAUGGAACCUCCUGGCUCUACCUCCCCGGUCCCUCCCUGUGGACACUGCGCCCUGCCACCAACUACUGCCGCCACUCCAGUAUUAGCGUCUGUUACUACGCCGCGGAGCUCUACAAUUCCUGAGAUCAUUUAGUGGUUACUCCUUACCUUCCUGGCUUGCCACACCUGGACCUGUCCUGCUGCGGAAGUUUGUUCGUAAUUCCAAAUCGGAUCCGUUAGUGGAAGAAGUUGAUCUCGAGAGUGCUACACCACACUACGCUCAUAUUCGC